UUUGUGAUUAGGCUAUAUUUUCUGUGAGCAAGAGAGCACUCCUGGCUCUGUUGAGCAUCAUCGCCACUAUGUUACAAGUAUUGGGAUCAUAUAACAAUACAGGUCAAUUUCUUGCUAAACAUAUACCAACAUCUGAGUACAAAUUGAAGCAAAGUCUGCCACAUAAAGGCAAAGAUCAGUUUACAAAGUAUGUUGUAUGUAAACCAUGUUAUUCGCUGUAAUAGUUGGAUGAACUGAUGGAAAAGAGCCGUUGUUCUCAAAUACAUUGCAGCCACACAGUACGGCCCGAUCACCCUCAACAGGAGCGUAGACAACCGUGUGGCACACCAUUACUCCAUGAAGUUACUUUUUCACACAAAGAAAACUUAUUCUACCCACAGUACACCUAUUGCUACAAUAGUAUUGUUCAAUCACUCUCUGAUCUUCUUUCUCGGCCAGGUAUACCAGAACAGUUAGAGCUAUGGCGCCACAGAAGUGUCCCAUCUGGCCACUUAGGCGAUGUAUAUGAUGGAAAGAUAUGGAAAGAGUUCGAGGCAAUCAGUGAUGGGUUCAGCCUUUCAAAGCCAAGACACUAUGCUGGAAUUCUAAAUGUUGACUGGUUUCAACCAUUUAAGAAUGGUACCACAUCAGUAGGAGUUAUUUAUCUUGCACUGAUGAAUUUCCCUCGAUAUCUGCGUUUCAAAAGACAGAACGUGCUUCUGGUUGGAAUAAUCCCAGCAGUGAAGUCUGAGCCAGCAUCUCUUAAUACAUUUCUCAAACCACUGGUAGAUGAGCUGAAAGCAAUGUGGGAAGAUGGUGUGCUAUUGACAACAUCUCAAUCUCCGACAUUUCGAUUACAACACCGACUAGCUUUACUGUGUGUUUCUUGUGACAUCCCUGCUUAUUACCAAUUACCUGCGUAUUGCAAAUAAUUACGUAUCACCAACAUGAGUCUGUCACUAUAGGUGUUGAAAGAUACAUGUCGCAAAUGGCAAAGUGAACAAGACGAUGUCCGUGUCAUUUUGGCUUCAUGGGCAGGUUGCAAUGGAGAAGUAGACCAAGAACAUUUUGUCCUUCGUCCCGGCAAAGUUUUGUUUUAUGUCCAACAUUCUAUUAAAAUUUAUGGACAUAAAUAUGAACACCUCUUUGCAUGCGUUAAGUGGUAUAUCCAUUGUCCACAAAUCCCAUCAUUCCCUCCGUUGUCACACUGGCAGCAAGGAGUAUUUGAAGAAGGAGGACCAUCAACUUUCAUGCCAGUUCAGCGAAUCCAUUCAUGUGUACUAAUGCAAUGUCAACAAGAUGGCCAAAGAGUCUUGACAAUCUGCCCUCUUCCAAGAAAGGACCUAAUUUGAUAGAAAACACUGCUUGUUAUAAUUACCAUAAAUGUGGUCAUUUGUCACUUGUGUGGUACUCAAUAGCAGAAAUUAAAACAUUGUUAAUUAAUGUCACUCUAGUGCAUUGCUAAUGUUACUUUAGUCUGAUUCAUAGCAGUAGCAAAACACAGAAGUACACAUUAUACUACUGAAUCAGUAUGCUCUAUUUUCAUCAUUGUAUAUAUAUAUAUACAUAUACUAUGUGUGCAUGAAUCAAUGUAUGGAUCACUAUGCAGCAUGUUAUCAACUAAAUGCCACCAUCGACCAUGCAUUCCUGUUUUGUCCCAAAUAAAAAUAUCUUAAAAUAGGGCUUUGUGUUUUUACGGUUCCUGAACAUCACACCACCAACUCUCUACGACGGUCAAAGACAACAAGCCCAACAAAAAGCCCAACAGAUACAGAGCCAUGAUGAUACACGAGACAGUGUGGCUAUAAAGAACCACAGAGAAGGUCCAG